GGUCAUUCAUCAUAAUAAUCAUAUAGACUAGUAGAGCUGCUAUAGAUACUCACGGACCUUAAAACUGAUCUAAGAAUCUAGAUGUGAUACAAAUAAAGGAUGUCAUCGAAGUUUGAUAAACUUGGCGUCUUUGGUAAACCUAGCAAAGGAGAUGAAACUACAAAAUCAAUUAAAGCUGCAGAUCUGGAUCGCUUACAAAAGAGUAUUGCAAAACGCUCCCUGGACGUGAAGUUUGACUUGAGUGAUACAGACUACAAACCAAUUGAAAAUAUAGGCAUUGGGGCAUAUGGAGUGGUGUGCUCAGCCAUUCACAAAAAGUCUGGAGACAGAGUUGCUAUCAAAAAGAUUCCUAAUGUAUUUGAUGCUUUGACAAUUGCCAAGAGGACUUACAGAGAAAUAAAAAUUUUAAAACAUUUCAAGCAUGAUAACAUCAUAUGCAUUCGUGAGAUCUUGUUGCCCAAGGAGAAUGCUAUAGAAUUUAAAGAUAUAUAUGUUGUGUUUGAUCUGAUGGAAAGUGAUCUCCAUCGCAUCAUUUAUUCUGAGCAAGAGCUAAGUGAAGAGCACAUACGCUACUUCCUGUACCAAAUUCUUCGAGGACUCAAGUAUAUCCAUUCAGCUAAUGUUAUCCAUCGAGACCUGAAACCCAGCAAUAUUCUUGUUAAUGAAGAUUGUCAUUUGCGAAUAGGAGAUUUUGGUAUGGCUCGGGGCUUGUGCUACACUCCACAUGAACCUACUUAUUAUAUGACUCAGUAUGUGGCUACUCGGUGGUAUCGAGCCCCGGAGAUACUUUUGUCCAUGCUGGAAUAUGGAGAGGCUGCUGACAUGUGGUCUGUAGGCUGCAUUUUUGCUGAGAUGAUUGGGCGUAAACAUUUAUUCCCAGGCAAAGACUACAUAAGUCAAGUAAAACUCAUUAUUGGUGUCCUUGGCACGCCUUCAGAAGAGUUGCUGAAGAAUUGUCAAAAUGAAAUUCUGAGAAAAAUAAUCAAAUCUUGUACAAAAAAGGAACCUGUAGCAUGGGAAAAAUUGUUUCCUAAGACUAGCAAAAAGUCCCUGGAUCUUCUGAGUAAAAUGCUGGUUCUCAACCCAGCAAACAGGAUCACCGUAGGUCAAGCUUUGUCCCACCGACUGCUCAACAAUUAUCAUGAUCCAGACGAUGAACCAAUCUGUGUGCCUACAUUCAAUUUUGAUUUUGAGAAAGAGGAGAUGGAUAAGUCUCAACUAAGGUCAGCCAUUAUGGAUGAGAUCAUGAGUUUCCAUCAGCCCAAACAGCCUAUGCUCAGCUUCACUGCUUGCCUAAGACCUGCUCCCAAAGCCAGUGAGGUGGUCAGUAAAGAGAAAACUAAUAGUGAACUCUUGGGUGCUGAGUCAGUGACUUUUCAACUGACCUCUUAUGAUGAAGGGAAGACAAGCACAGACCAUAACUUCAAAACACCUUACAACACAGAUUUACCCAAGCCCACCACCAAGGUAUCUCCUGUCUCCGUAGAUAUUGGUAAGCUACAGGUUACCCACUCCUUGGAUAUUGAGAUGCUUAGUGCCCAGUCCACUGACAGCCGGAGCAUGGACACUCAAUCUGCUGUCAGCCAGGAGGUAGUGAAGGUGGAAGAGAUCAAGAAAGAGGAACCAGAUGAUAAAUCAGCCCAGGAAAGAGACUCCAAAGUCUCUGCAGAGAAAAAGAGUGUCAACACAAUAUCAGAGGACACCAGAGCCAGAGUGAAACAAGCACUCAUGAAUGCUACUAGCAGAAGGCAGAGAGGAGAAUCACAAAGUGAAGAAGUCAAAGAAGUGAAACAUGUCACAGCAGCCCAGAGACAGAAGGAGAGAGAAGAGAAAAGAAGAAAGAAAAAGGAAAGAGCACUGGAAAAGGUGAAGAAAACUAAGGAUAAAAAAGGUUCUAAUGCUGAACAGACUAUUACUUUGUCAACUCAAGACAUGGAACUUCUCAGGAGGUGGACUGUUAUGCAAAAUCCUGGUCAACAAAAUGAAGCAUCCAGCCCACCACAUCCUGGUCCAGCUGGGACACCUCCUCAAGCUGGUAGCAAGUUUCCCAUUGUAGAUGAACAGGGCAGCAGUCAGCAGACAUUUGUGGGGAACAAACCUCGACAGAUUCUGGCCAAAACAACUACAAGCUCCACUCCAUCUGUGGUACUUAAUACAACAACAGCUCUGGCUGGUAAUCAGAUUACAGGUAACACUGUUUUAAUCCCAACUGGUCAGAUUAAUUUUGGGCAGACUACAUUCAUUCCAGUUUUGGCCAUACCUUCAGUAAUAAACCCGGGUAAAAUUGAAAUAAAGAGAAUCUUCCAGGCAUCAGACCUAGCUGCACAAAUGUGUACAAAUGGCAUGCAGGCUUCAGAUAAUACAAAAAAUCUUCUACAGAAUGCUAUUUUAAUGAGGAAUCAGAAUUUGAACAUGCAGAAUGUGACAGUCCCAACUGAUAGCACUAAUCAACAAAAGAGCUUCACUCCACCUGCAAUGUCUCCACAGGGUCCUAAGUUUGCAGAGGAGGCAAUAAAUGUUUUACCAGACAGCCCACCAACUCAGGGCAAUCUAGUCUCAUCACCGGGUCAGUUUGUCCCCACUACAAUAUCACAGUUAGACCCUGAUUCCAGUGGGCUGUCCAAGGAGGACAAACUGUCACCCCGAAGUCAGGGUAAUGAUCUAUUAGACUUUCUUGAUAAGCAUCUCAAAGAUUCACCUAAGCCACAACCAGACAGCUGCACUUCCUUGCAGACUCAGUAUAACAGUAGUCUUUUAAGGGGUGUGCAAGAUCCUGGCUCUUCUUUUAUAUUAGGCAACCAGCACGACAGCCCAAGUCAUAUGACUCCUCCACCUCACAUGACACCUCCACCUCAACUGCCUUUUAGCUCCUAUGUUAACAUUCAAAGCCAUGAAGAGCAGCUGACCCGCUCUAACUCAACACCUAGUCUUCUGAGGUCACAUGCUCACACUACUGGUGGCUCACAGCGCUCAUCUGUUCCCUUUGUUUCCUUUGGUAACAAUCAAUCAAUUUCUGAUUCAUUUCCAAACCAGAAUAGCAAUUCUAUAAGUUUCCAAUCACAUGACAGCAAUAAGUACCCUGAAAAAUGUUUUCAGACUGUUGUGGCCCCACCAUUUCAGGACAACUUUUGUAAUGGUGGCAAUGCUGGCUACACACACAGCUCACAUGUUCUAAAUUAUGGGAAUUUAAUCCCAGUGUUCAAUGACACCUCUAACUUUCCUGCCCAUCCUGGCCAACACCUUCAACACCAGCAUAAGCAGCAGCAUAUGGAGCAGCUUCAACAACAGUUGCCUCAACAACCACAGCAGGGUCAACAGCAUCACUUCUCCACCCAGCAGCAGCAUCAAAUAUACAGCAACCCCAACUCCUUCUCUGAAUAUCAAAGCUUCUCCGAGACCCCAACCCCUACAUCUAUUUCUUUCCAGCCCAGCUUUAGUAUGUUCCCAUCUUCUCAGAGUCAGCAGCAUCCAACCAACCAUUACCAGCCUUCAACCACUAACUACUCACCUGAUACAGGCCCAGGUCAGGUCACAAGCCAGUCUGUCCAACAGAAUCAACUUAUGGGUUCUUCAACAUCUGGAACAUUGGUAACUUUUGAAGACAACCACAGUAAAAACCAAUCAGGCCCCUCAUCAUCUGGUUCCUCUAAGCUGAGAAUCAACUGCAGCCAAGCUGUACGUUCAAGUGGCUCUGACAUGGAUCUCCUGGCCAUUAUCAAUAAAAUGUCUCGCUCACAUGUUGAAGACUUUUUCCCUCCAGCCCUGGCACUGACUCCUAAAGGUACUGGAGCAGGUUAUGGUGUUGGCAUGGAUCUGGACAGUAUGUUGAUUGAUGCUCAGGACACGGCCAGUUUGCGUCCAGAUCAGAGUCCCUUGUCUUCAUCUCUGUUAGCAGACUGGCUUGAUAUCAGUGGAAACAUCAGUCAAGCUGACCUGGAGGCUCUGGCCCAAGACAUGAGCCCCAUGCAUGUCAGUUACAGUGAUAUGAAUUUGUAACAUGCUUACAGAGUGUUGUGACUGUCCAUAUUCAAUUUUGUUUUUCUGAUUACUUUGUACCUUUGAUAAAGUAACUAUAAACUAACAUGACAUCAUAAUGAGAAGAUGUACUUUUUUGUGAAGUAAUUAUAACAAGAAUCUAGAUCUACUUAAGUUUGUCAUUACAAGCUUUAUAACCAAAUUAAAUUUUGUAAGAACAUUAAUGAAUGAAGUAGAUGUUAGGCCUUGUAAAUAAGGCUUUUUUCCAAUAAAACAUGACUCAUUUAAGUGAUUUGAAACAUGAAGCACAGUUAACACUGUCCAAUGUGGCAAUUAACUGACCACUACAGGAAAAUACAAUUAAAAAUAUUGACACAACUACAUGCAGGAACAGUACACAUAGUCUACUGAUAUGAGCUCAUAAAUAUUAAAACUACUCAGUCUAAGAGCUAAAUUACAACAUUAAUUCAUAAAUAUUAACAUUACUCAGUCUAAGAGCUAAGUUACAACAUUAAUUCAUAAAUAUUAACACUACUCAGUCUAAGAGCUAAGUUACAACAUGUAAUUAAGAACAUAAUGAUGCUGUUCUAUUUUCCUCAGCAUGAUUUUAGUUUUUAUUUACUAAAUAAUAUGAAAAUGAAUGACAUUUGAAUUUUGUAGUUUAUUGUUAAAACUGUUGAAGUAAAUGUUGAAAUCAUCUCUUGCUUUUCACUUGUAUCAUGAGGUUGAAUUCAAAGUAAUGCCUUCAUGAAAGACAUUUCAAUGAUAUAGUUUAUAGUUAGAAAUGUUUAUGUUGAAAUUAUCUCUAGCUGUUUACUUGUAUUAAAAUGUUGAUUUGAAAAUAAUGCAUUCAUGCUAUUCAGGUCAGUGUAAGGUUUUUGACUAAGCCAUUGCUUUUUUUUUUAACACAUAUAAAAAAAUUUGGCUGCAUUAUCAGAGAUGCCUACAUGUACGCAUCUUGCCUAUUUAUUUACAAAUGGACACGAAAAUUCAUGAGUACAGUUUAUCAUUUAAAAAUAUGCAUUUCCCCUGCAAAAGCAAACUUAAAAAAAACAAAAAGUUGUUGCUAAUCAUAUAGAUCUAUAUAGAUCAGUGCAUUAAGGCCUAAUUUUUAUUAGAUCUAGCAUGAGAUAUACCUUUUUUUUUUUUUUUUUUUUUGCACACUGAAAAGAAAUUUCCAAUGUCUGCAUACCGAUUAAAGAAAUUUCCUAUUUAACAAAACUAGCUGCCAUUGAUCCAGCCUAGCAAACCUUUGCACACUGAAAAGAAAUUUCCAAUGCCUGCAUACCGAUUAAAGAAAUUUCCUAUUUAACAAAACUAGCUGCCAUUGAUCCAGCCUAGCAAACCUUUGCAUCCAGUUUAAGCCUAAAUUCACUUUUAGCAUAAGUCCCAUUCUUUUGAAUGAAUUUUCUGUUGGUGCUAUUAUGGAUUCAAGAAUAAAACACUAGAUGCAUUCUGUCUGUGGCAUUUUAUGAUGAUAUUUUCCUUUUGCAACUUCUUGUGUGACUAAAGAGGCCAAUCCUUGAUACACAGCUGCAGUCGCAGGUUGGGUAUAUAUGUAAUCACCAGGUGCCAUUGCAUUUUCACUCUUCUUUCUGCUUCUGUUGUGUAUGGCAUCUGCAAUGUGAGACCCUUCCUUUAUGCUCUCUCUCCAUGUGGAUCUAUCCAGUGCUACUUUUUCCCAGCUGCUAGUGUCGAUUUUGAAGAGCUUCAUGUCGCGUUUUCAUACAUCUAUAUAGCGUAAAAGUGGGCAACCAGUGGCUCUCCUGCCUUCUAUUAGAUCGCCAUACAGAAUGUCUUGUGGAAGUCAAAAUACUGGCAUUCUACGAACGUGGCCAAGCCAGCCAAGGCGCCUGCUGCUGAUAACAGAGCAGAUGUCCUGGCACCCUACUCUUCAUAGCACUUCCUCAUUGGUUAUUUUAUCUUGCCACCUUAUUUUAAAGAUCUGCCUUAGACAUCCGAGGUGAAAGACAUUCAGCUUUUGUUCCUGCCAUUAGUAGGUUGACCAUGUUUCACUUCCGUAUAGCAAAGUGCUCAUCAGGUCCGGUAGACUAAGGCUUUAGUAUUGUUAGUCAGCAAUAUGCUGUCCCACACUCUUUUCUGCAACUGUGACAUGGUGCCCAUUGCUUUGGCUAUCCUGUUGUUAAUGUCUUUAUCCAGUAGAGUAUUGUUGGAUAUGAUGGAGCCAAGAUAGCAAAAGUGAUCAACAAUUUCUAGUGGUUGGCCAUUAAUGCUUACUUGAGGUGCAGUAUUUGUGUUCUGAACUAGUAUCUUAGUCUUGCUUUGACUAAUAUUUUAACCGAACUUCUGGCAAGCUGCAGAUCAGGGACUGAAGCUAAAUAUCAGAAUCAGCCACAAUAGCUGCAUCAUCAGCAUACAGGAGUUCCCUGAUAAGUAUCUUCCUAACCUUGUUUUUUGCAUUUACAUUAAAUAGUUUUCCAGAGGAUCUUUGUAUGGAGAAACACACCUUCGUUGAUGUUGUACGCAUAAUGCAGUAGACAGAAGAAGAAUAUGCCAAACAAAGUAGUGCGAGCACACAUACCUGCUUGACACCACUGCUAACCUCAAAAGGUGCUGAUUGGGCUCCAUUAAUUUGGCAGUACGUUUUGUUUCCUCAUGAAAGCACUCAAUGAACUUCAGUAGUUUGGGAGGGCAAUCUAUUUUCCUUAGGAGUUUGAAAAGGCCACUUCUGCUGACCAUGUCAAAGGCUUUAGUCAGAUCAACAAAAAUGAUGUAAAGGGGCCUGUCUCUCUCUCUGAAUUUCUCCUGCAGUAGUUGUAGAGAGGAUAUCAUGUCUAUGGUGGAUCUACCACUCCUGAAUCCACACUGAGACUCUGGGUAGACUCUAGAAGCUAUCACUUGCAGCCUGGAUAGUGCCACUCUAGCAAAGAUUUUGCCAACUAUGCUGAGGAGAGAGAUACACCUAUAAUUGUUGCAGUCACUCUGAUCUCCUUUGUUCUUAUAUAUUGUGACUAUAGUUGCGUCAUGCAUGUCCUGUGGGACAUGACCUGUUUCCCAGCAGCGGCAGAGGAGAUUAUAGAAUUCAGGGAGCAUAAGUGAUUCGUUGAAUUUAACUUCUUCUGCAGGGAUGCCAUCACUCCCUGGAGAUUUUAUAUUUUUCAUGCAGUUAAUUGCUAGAGGCAUUAUGAUCAUAAAAUCAUUGCCAAGAACGGCAACUUUCUAACAAAUUCUAGAAAAGUAUAUGUCAAAGACUAAAUGUGCAAAUAUUUUGAAAAACACAGAAUGUCUUAUAUACCUUUAUGCUGUGUUAAUUUUUGGAUUGCUGCAUUCCGUGUAUGUUACCUGCUUGAAUGAUUUUAGUCUUUCUUGAGAAUAUUUUCUUUUAUUUAGGAAAAUAAACAUUAACCCCUGAAAAUACACAUCUCCAGAUCUGGGAAUACACAUUUUCAUUUUGCCAUGUAGGCAUCUCUGCAUUAUCCUGUAAAUAUUUUAAUGACCACCUUUAAUAACAUUAGUCAUGGAUCUUGUGCAUCAAAUUGAAAACAUGCUUAUAAUCUUUUAGUGCUAUAAAGUUGUAUCACAAGCAUCUAGUUUGUAUUGUAAGUGCAAAAUACCACACACUGAUUUAUGUACUUAUGUAUGUAUCAAGAGACCUCUUAAAUUACAAAGUAGAUUCGCUUGAAUUUCCUUAUAAAGAUUACGCUUAGGUGCUUGCUAAGAUACGGUUUUGACAGAUUUGCAGCCUGAAUACCACUAUUCACGAAAAACUGAUAGCUUUUUAUCAAACCUUUGUAUUUUAUUUUAAGUAUUUCCCCAAAAGGCUGCAGGCUAUAUAUAAAGCAUAAAUAGAAAAAACAAAAAAAAAUAAUUUUCUUUCAUUUUUCCUUCAUCAACUUAUUUUUGAUUUGCCUGCAUCAUAUUUCUAUUUUCCCUUUCUUUAAGGAAAGAACAAAAAUGAGCCUGAUAGCAUCAAAAAGUUUCUCUAUUUCCUUUUUUAUUUGAGAAAGAGCAUGGAAUGAUAAUGAUUUUGCCUUGCGUGCAUAUGUAGAUAAGACUACUAUACUACUGUAUGUAGCACUGUCUUUUCUUUACAUUUAAAUGGGGUAAAAUUAAGGAUUACAGUUAAUAAAACCAAACUGUCAGAAACGCAAAAUAUAGUAUAUUAAAUAUUUUGAUGUUAAAUUGAGAAGCCGAAGGAAAGUCAAGAAAUUGUACAAAUGAGGGAAGGUAAAAAUGAUAUUUUAGUUUACGCCUGAAAAGUAUCUGUGUGAUUUUCGAGAAAAGGUGAGAAAAGGAAAGAGAGCUGGCCUUUCCAAUUCAGUGUAACAAACACUAGAAAUCACAGGCUAAAAAGUAUGUUAGUGAGAUUGGGAAUUACAAAAAAAAGGUAAAAGAUGUUUAGUCUUGUAUAAACACUCUACAGCCUGGGAACAAAUCAUCAGUAAUGUUGUAAUGUUAGUUUGCCAGGCAGUCUUCACUGACUAGUUGUAUAAAAUGAUGUAGUGAUAAGUAGGCAGGGACUGUUGGGCUUUGGGAUCACUAAGAAAUCAUGUUACAUUUUGUACAAAUGUGCCUUAUUUCAUAUCUUGUUUUAUAAUUGUUUCUGAGCAAUUCUUUUUACAAGGCUUAUAGCAACUCACUCUUUCUGUCUGGUAAAAAGUUUGUAAACGUUAUUUUUGACAUCCAAUCUCAGAUCAAGCUGAAAUUUUGCACAAUUAUUUCUUUUACCUGACAACAAAAGAAUAAAUUAUAAAAUUAUCUAAUAAGUAAAUUAACUAUUGGUAAUUAAUUAUUUUGUUUGAUAGCUUGAAUAGGGGAAAGAAAUUGUACUUGACUUACUUUAAAGUAAGUUUGUAACAAAAAAAAAAGAUAACUAUACAAUCUUCUAUUUUCAUAAGCACCUCACUAGCAGAGUGGUUAGUAUGGUCAUUCCCCACCCUUUUUAUAUAUUUUUUUUUUUGUUUUUCUUGUUUAUUUAUAAUACUUGUGAAUAUUUUAACUUCAAUGUCUUAUAAUUUUAUAUUAUAAAUGAAACCAAUGUUGAUGUGUAAUAUCAGUUUGUAUGAUGUUGUUAUAUUGCCAUUAUAUAUAAUUGUUCAGUUCAAUGACAAUCAUAUCAUUAUCUCACUAUAGAGUACUCGGUGGAUGAACUUUUAUGAAAAAUUGUUACAUAUAUAUAUAUUUAAGUUCCUUAAUAUUGAUGCUUCUUAAUUAACGUUUUUGUAUUUUCAAAAUGACAUUUUAUAUUUGGUUACUUACUUUACCAAGUGCCCAAGUUGUGGUCGAAAAUGUUCAUUGAGCCAUGACAUUAAAUCUGCAGGUUUUAUUUAUUACUACUGAUGCAACCUGUCUUUAGUAUGUAGAUUGUUUGUCAGCAUUUAGCCUUAACCUUAUAAAUAUUGUAAUAACUUUAGGGAGGCACUCAAUGAUACAGAUGUUUAUUUACAUAGGGACAUCACAAAUACAUAGAACAAUGUCUGCCUUGAGCACAGCUUCUUUAUAAGCUCUCCACUUGGGUGGAACAUUGUUAUCUUCUUCCUAAUGUUAACGUCCUUCCUAGUCUAUAGUGCACCUUCUGCUCUAGCUUGAAUGGUGGUGUGCAUGGCAGGGUAAUAACAAUAUUUAUAAAAUUGUAAUUAUCAAAAUUCUUAUUUUAUCUUAUUUUACUUGGAGAUAACAUACCUGUGGGAUAUCUUGAAAGAUUAAAUAUGUACAUGUUGGUGCUUUGUGACAAUGUUCUAUGUAUUUUUUUUUAAAGUCAGCAAGGAUUUGUUCUAGCCAUAACCAAAAAAAUUGUCAAAGUGUCUAAUGUAGUUUUGAUUACAUCCAUACUUCAAUUACAUUAACUACCAUUAACUACUACAAUUCUAUAAAUAAUUUUUGUUGCUGAUUUAUAAAUCUUAAAAGAAGCAAGUAAUAAAUGUAAAUGUUUAAGAGUAUAUAUAUAUUUUUUUUUUCAGUCAGAUACUAAGGAGUGUUAUUUAAAAGAGAAAUUAAUGUUGAUGUAUUGUAUACAUUUUUUUUAAUUGCAUUUAUCAAAAACAGUAUCUAGAGGAAAUUUUUAAACUACCUGGUAUAUGUAUGUAAGUAAAAAAACAACAACAAACAUUUAAAAUGUUUAUAGACAAAUGGUUAAGAUCAGUGCAAGUCAAAUUACUAAGAGACUAACAAUGAGUACUUUUAACCAUUGGGGUACAAAUGCUAACAAAUGUAAAAAUUGUCCUGCAGAAUUUUUGGUUGAAGAUUUGAUGGCUUUAAAGGCAAAGUGAUGAAUGAAAUUUUAGGUAAGACACUUUGAAUUUAAAAAGUCUUUAUAUUUAUUAAUGUUUUGUUAAACAUU